AUGACUGGGACACCGGGAGCCUCGGGCAUGACUGGGACACCGGGAGCCUCGGGCACGGCCGGGACACCGGGAGCCUCGGGCAUGGCCGGGACACCGGGAGCCUCGGGCAUGGCCGGGACACCGGGAGCCUCGGGCGUGACUGGGACACCGGGAGCCUCGGGAAUGGCUGGGACACCGGGAGCCUCGGGCACAACCGGGACACCGGGAGCCUCGGGAAUGGCUGGGACACCGGGAGGCUCGCCCUGCUGCCCCUCCCCCCCUGGGACCCCCGGGACCCCCCCAGCUCCAGCUCCAGCUCCAGCCCCCCCGGCACCCCCCAGCCCAGCGAGCUCUUCUACCCCAGCGCGGGCAUCGCCCAGUCCAGCCGCCCGUACCCUCCCAGUGCCGCCCAGUCCGACCAGUCCUUCCCUCCCAGUGUCUCCCAGUCCGGCUAUCCCAUCCCUCCCAGUCCCGCCCAGUCCAGCCGCCCGUACCCUCCCAGUGUCUCCCAGUCCGACCAGUCCUUCCCUCCCAGUGUCGCCCAGUCCGGCUAUCCCAUCCCUCCCAGUCCCGCCCAGUUCGGCCAGUCCUUCCCUCCCAGUAUUGCCCAGUCCGGCCAGACCUUCCCCACCAGUAUCCUCCAGUUCGGCCAUCCCUUCCCUCCCAGUGCUCCCCAGUCCGACCAGACCUUCCCUCCCAGUGCCGCCCCGUCCAUUCCUCCCAGUAUCCCCCAGUCCGGCCAUCCCAUUCCUCACAGUAUCCCCCAGUCCGGCCAUCCCAUUCCUCCCAGUAUCCCCCAGUCCAGCCAGCCCAUUCCUCCCAGUAUCCCCCAGUCCAGCCAGCCCAUUCCUCCCAGUACGCCCCAGUCUGGGCUUCCCUUUUCCCGCUACCUCUUCCAGUCCAGCCAUCCCAUUCCUCCCAGUAUCUUCCAGUCCAGCCAUCCCAUUCCUCCCAGUGUCUUCCAGUCCGGCCAGCCUUUCCCUCCCAGUAACCACCAGUCCAGCCAUCCCUUUCCCCCCGGUACCCUGCAGUCCAGCCAGCCCUUCACGUCCUUCCUGUUCCCGCGCAUCCUGCAGUCCAGCCAGCCCUUCUCGUACCGCAGCCCCCCGGCUCCCCAAAUCCUGCCAGCUCUUCCCGUGCCCCCCGCCCCAGUCCAGCCAGCCCUUCCCGUCCUGCGCCCCCCCGGGGGUCCCGCAGUCCAGCCGGCCCCUGUCCUACCGCAGCCCCCCCCGCCUGCCCCCCAAACCCCUCCCCGACCCCUUCCCCGCGUACCCCCAAUCCAGCCGCCCCUUCCCCUUCCGCGCCCCCUCCUCCAUCGCCAAACCCACCGAGCUCUUCCCGUGCUGCGCCCCCGCCCAGCCCAGCCGCCCCCUCCCCAUUUACACCCCCCUGCCCCUCCCCCAGUCCAGCCGCCCCUUCCCCCCCUCCCCGUGCCCCCCCCGAUCUCCGGAGCCCCUCCCUGCCCCCCCGGCCCCGCGGCUCUCUGGGCUCCGUGGCCCCCCCCCGCCUGCACGUCUGGGGGCUCCCCUCGCCCCCCAGGACCCCGCCACGCCCUGAGCGGCCCCGCCCCGCCGCAGCGAC